GACGGACGCAUCGCACGUGUCAGUAUCCUACAGAAGUGAAGAGCCACUAGCCAAAGAGAGAUGGUUCGGCCAUAUAUCAUUUUCCUCUCUCAAGUCCCUCUAUAUAAAAACCUUUUCAUGGUUUCUCAGAGACAUGCCUAGAAGAAAAACAAAUACACAGAAACAACAGAGAAGAAAGAGUUUGGUUGAUUACAAAAAAAAAGAAACAGCUUUGAAAAAUGGAUAUGCAGUCGCAGAUGACACGUCCUUAUGGUCAUGAUCAAGCAGAGGAUCCAAUCAGAAUUCACCAUCCAGAGGAAGAAGAGCAUCAUGAGAAGGGAGCAACUAAAGUGUUGAAGAAAGUGAAAGAAAAGGCUAAGAAGAUCAAGAACAGUCUUACUAAACAUGGUCAUGAGCACGAUCAUGAUGCGGACGAAGAAGAAUAUGACGAACCAGAUCCAGAAGUGCACGGCGCACCAGUAUAUGAGUCAUUUGCUGUAAGAGGCGGCGUAACAGGUCACCCUGAGUCUCUAACUCAUCCCGGAGAAACUAAUCUUCCGGCACCGGAAGAGAUAAUACCCCCAGGGACAAAGGUUUUUCCUGUCGUCACUACGGAUUACACCAAACCCAUUGAACCUGAGCCAUUACAAGAUAUCUCUUACGGACACGAGGCACAGUUUCAUCCUGUAACGGAUAUGUCCAAGAAGGACGAGAGAAGAGAGGCAGCAUCUCAUUCUCAUCCUCUUGGAGUGUUCAACAUGUCGGAGAGAGAAGAGAGCAGAGAGGAUCAUCAGAUGCCGAUGCACACUCCUGCCUCUCUGCUUUCUUCAACAGAGGAUGUGACAAGGACGUUUGCUCCUGGUGACGAUGAAGAUCAUCUCGGUGGUCAACGGAGAGUCAACAUCGGAAGGCCUAGAGGGUUGGAGGAGGAUCCAGCUGCUCCAGGAGGAGGGUCGAGUUAUCGAAGUGGCGUGUCUAAUUAUCAGACCAAGGUUACUGAUCCAACUCGCCAAGGAGGUGGAGAAGCUGGAGUACCUGGGAUUGUUGAGUCUCUGGGUAAGAUGAAAGUGAGAGAUGAGUCGCCUGUUCAUAAAUCAGGACGAGAUUUUGAAAGAGAGAUUCCGACAAGAAGUCAUGAGUUUGGUCUGAAGAACGAACAUGGAAUCGGAAAAGAUUCUCCGGCUGGAUUUGGAGGGGACUCUGGAGUUGGGAUCGGGAAAGAUUUUCAGACAAGAAGCCAUGAGUUUGAUAUUCCGACAAGAAGUCAUGAGUUUGGUCUGAAGAACGAACACGGAUUUGGAGGGGACUCUGGAGUUGGGAUCGGGAAAGAUUUUCAGACAAGGAGCCAUGAGUUUGAUUUUCCGACAAGAAGCCAUGAGUUUGGUAUGAAGAACGAACAUGGAAUCGGAAAGGAUUCUCCGGCGGGAUUUGGAGAGGAAUCUGGAGUUCAGAUAGGGAAAGAUUUUCAGACAAGAAGCCGUGAGUUUGAUUUUCCGACAAGAAGCCAUGAGUUCGAUUCUGGAACAGACAAGAGUUCGUCGACUGUUUUGACCAGCGGAUCAAUCGCUGGUUUGGGGGAAGAUUUUCCGGCAAGAAGUCAUGAGUUCGGUGGAGUCGGAAGCAAGGACUCACCGACGGUAUUACACGGAGAGUCAAGAGUCGGAGUCGGGGAAGAAUCUCCGACGAGGAGCCAUGAGUUUGGUCUGAAGGACACGGCGAAGGGAAGCCAUGGAUUUAAUGAGGAAACCGGACCUGAACUGGAGAAACGUUUGCCGGCGAUAAGUGAUGAUGUGAAAGUAGAGAAUGUGCUCAGAAGAGACUUACCAACGGGAACUCAUGAUCAGUUCUCACCGGAACUCUCUCCUCCGAUAGAGAAGGAGACGCACGAGUCAAAACCCACUUCCUACACAGAAAAGCUAGGUUCAGCGACGUCGUAUGUAACCGACAAAGCUGUAGCUGCUAAAAACGCUGUCGCUUCGAAGCUUGGGUACUCCGGAGAAAGCGGUGGGCAUGAUGAGACAACUCCAGGAUCUGCCACGGGGUACGGGCAGAAAGUGGCGGGAACUGUUGCGGAGAAGUUGACUCCGGUCUACGAAAAGGUCAAAGAGACAGGAUCCAACGUAAUGACGAAAUUACCCCUUUCGGGAGGUGGAAGUGGAGGGGAGGAUAAGGGACACGUGGAGGAAAAAGGUGUGUCGACUAAAGACUACUUGGCGGAGAAGCUGAGACCUGGAGAAGAAGACAAAGCGUUAUCGGAGGUGAUUGCUGAGAAACUUCAUCUCGGAGGAGGAGAUAAGAAGAGGACAACGGUGAAGGAAAUGGAAGUGACGGUGGAGAAGAUCCCUAUCGACAAGAUAUUAGAGGAGAAAGAACAUGUUGUGUCGGAAGAAGGAAAAGUAGGAGGAGGAGGAAUGGUGGGGAAGGUUAGAGGAGCGGUCACUUCUUGGCUCGGUGGUACAACAGAGGACGUGAAGACGAGAUCUUCAGAUUCUGUUGACGACAAGUCUUCACAGUCUCUUGGCUCCACCGUUGGGACUACGGGGUUUACGGAUUCUGGUGGAGCUUUACCGGGGCAGAGGGGACUUCAAGAUUCUGGAUACUAAAAUGUUUUUGAUGUUUUGCUUUUGAGUGUUUAUGUAUGCUUCUUGUUGUUUGAUGCCUUUUGUCUGUGCCUUUCAUGUAUUUUGGUGUAACACUUUUGUUUGUGUCAAAUAUUAAACUUUCGGUUAAAAAGUUA